UGUGACGCCAUUAGCAGCUCUCGGUGGGAGCGAUCGGGGCGCUGAUUGGGCGCAGUGUGUGCGCUGCGGUCUCCUCUCCCCGGGAUGGCCGGGGCCGGGCAGGAGAAACACCGGCUGGUGGUCGUAGGGGGCGGCGGGGUCGGGAAAUCAGCGCUCACCAUCCAGUUCAUUCAGUCGUAUUUUGUGACGGAUUAUGACCCAACGAUUGAAGAUUCCUACACCAAGCAAUGUGUCAUAGACGACCGAGCAGCGCGAUUGGAUAUUCUGGACACUGCGGGGCAGGAGGAGUUCGGGGCAAUGAGGGAGCAGUACAUGAGGACAGGAGAGGGGUUCCUGCUGGUAUUUUCGGUCACAGACAGGGGAAGUUUUGAAGAAAUCUACAAAUUCCAAAGACAGAUCCUGCGGGUAAAGGACCGGGAUGAAUUUCCCAUGAUUCUGGUUGGUAACAAGGCUGACUUGGAGCACCAGAGGCAGGUAACGCGGGAGGAGGGGCAGCAGUUGGCGCGGCAGCUGAAAGUCACCUACAUGGAGGCUUCGGCCAAAAUCAGAAUGAAUGUAGACCAAGCAUUUCAUGAACUUGUUAGAGUUGUAAGGAAAUUUCAGGAACAGGAAUGCCCCCCAUCACCAGAGCCGACUCGCAAAGCGAAGGACAAGAAGGGGUGCCACUGUGUAAUAUUCUAGGGUACCCUGUACCUGAUUGUACUUCAUCUCUUCCAUUUGUGCCACCAGGAUAGCCUUAGACCAAGACACCUUGGUGCAAUUUUGCCAAGAUUCAGGCCACGGAUUGUCCUACCUGAGGAGGUGGGGGGGGACACACACUCUCCCCAGUUUGCUUGAUCAUCACCCCCCCAAUUCCCCUUCCUGCGCAUUCUCCCCAUUGUCAGUGACCCACAGACUCCAACAGGAACCUCGGUGCGCUGAGUCUCUCUUCCCCCACCUCCGCCAUCAUGUCCCCUUUUUAUAGAUUCCCUGACAAACUGCAUUCCACGCCGCCCCCCCCUGGCCCCCCCAUUCCAUGCCAGAGGGGCAGUCGCCACCGUCGCUCUCAGGGAGAAAACCAAGGAACCCGCAGGUCGGCGCGUUACGGAACCGAACGGAAAUGUUGGCGGAAAAUUGGAAUUUUGUCUCAGAAUUGUAGAUCGGUCACUUCCACGGAAUUUGGGGCGAACUGAAAUUUUGCAAGUGAAUUGAAAUCAUCACGAAAUUGAAAUUGUGCCACGAAAUUGAGAUGAUCCUACAUUUUACAGCUGAACCCCUAAAUCUUUAACAUUGAGACGGCCCUACAUUUUACAGCUGAACCCCUAAAUCUUUAACAUUGAAACGGCCCUACAUUUUACAGCUAAACCCCUAAAUCUUUAAAAUUGAGUUGGUCCUACAUUUUACAGCUGAACCCCUAAAUCUUUAACAUUGAGACGGCCCUACAUUUUACAGCUGAACCCCUAAAUCUUUAACAUUGAGAUGGCCCUACAUUUUACAGCUGAACCCCUAAAUCUUUAACAUUGAGACGGUCCUACAUUUUACAGCUGAACCCCUAAAUCUUUAACAUUGAGACGGUCCUACAUUUUACAGCUGAACCCCUAAAUCUUUAACAUUGAGAUGGCCCUACAUUUUACAGCUGAACCCCUAAAUCUUUAACAUUGAGACAGUCCUACAUUUUACAGCUGAACCCCUAAAUCUUUAAAAUUGAGUUGGUCCUAAAUUUUACAGCUGAACCCCUAAAUCUUUAUCAUUGAGACGGCCCUACAUUUUAUAGUUGAACCCCUAAAUCUAACAAUUCUGCACCAACAUUGAAUUGAAAUCUUCCACAGAAUCUCAGUUUCGCCCCAGAAUUGAUCUUUCUCUUAAAGGGACGGUUCACCCUCAAAUUAACUAUGUUAUAGAAUGAGCAAUUCUUAGCAUCUGUUCAAUUGGUCUUCAUUUUUUUUAUAGUUUUUUUUUUCAAUUAUUACCCUUCUUCCUCCCACCCUUUUCAGCUUUCAAAUGGGGGUCACUGACCCCAGAAACCAAACUGUUGUGAGGCUAUUUUAUUACUGAUCUUUCUAUUCAAACCUCUUCUAUUGCUAUGCCAAUGUCUCACACCACUGCUCGGUUUCUAUGGUAAUUUGGACCCUAGCAACCAGAUACUGCGGCUGCUAAAAUCCCAAACUGGAGAGCUGCUGAACAAAAAUCUUAAUUAUUUAAAAAACCACACAUUAUAAAAAAUGAAGACCAUUUGCAAAUUGUCUCAGGAUAUCACUCUCUGCAUCAUCCUAAGGGUUAAUUUAAAGGUAAACAACCCCUAUAAAAGGCUGUGAUGAUCUCAGUGGACCAACGUAAGCUACAAAAUUACGUUUUGGAUGAAGGUGAAGGCUCUGAGGCCAAGGUGAUGAUGAUGAUGAUGGUAAUGAUGUCAGAUGGUUGAGGACAGAACCAGCUUUUAUACGGUGGACUGAGCACUUAUAUCACAUCUAGCAAAAGACCCGGAUACAAAAGGGAUUUGCCAAAUGUUCACAAUAAAUGGUACCAUAGAG